AUGGCCAACACCAUCCCCUCGGUACACCUAUACCAACCACCCUCCGACCAAGGAAAUUUCCAGCAUUACAACAAUGACAGCAUAAGCAUAAUCAGCCACUCGCGGUGCCAGUCUCUCGUCUCCGCCAUCUCCGCCGAGGGCGACGACAACGGGCACAUCGGGCUAUUAAACGACCACCGACAUACACGUAACUUCUCAAAAAGCUCUCGAGAGGAGCAAUACCAAGACCGCUCCCACCUAUCAAACAACCACCACUCUCAAGCCCACCCCAGCGAGAACCAAAAACGCACCCCCAUCCAGCCUCCCCAACCAAUCCUCCCCGGCCUCCCAACGCCAGCAACACACCCUACCCCAAAGCCUCGACGAGAAUCAACACGCUAUUAUAGCGGUGCUGGCUGGGACACACAAAUCGGGUACGAGUGGGAGAUACAAGGGGAGUAUAAUCCGGGACAUAGCACGGGGCUGAAGAUAUGGAAUUCGUGGAGUAAUGCGAAGACGGAGUGGAGGGUUGGGAGCCGGGAGAGGGUUUUGAAGUAUUAUGUCGGCGGGCCGCUUUUGGUACUCUUUGUUUUGGCGAUUGUUCUCGUUAUCGUGUGGUUGAUUGUUUAUUUUGCCAAGUGGACGUAG